AUAUCUACCUCCCAGUCUGCCCUAACGGUGCAGACCCUGUUGUUUUUUCAAAAGAGUAUUUUCCCAUGACUCUGGUACAUCUGCAAGGACAUCAAGAGCACAAGUGGGUUUGUGUCAAUUCUCCCUCAGGUGUGCCAUAUUGCAUAACUGAAGCCGCUCUCUAAAGUUGGAUCGCCUCUCCUACAAGAGUGGAUUUAGGUCAUCAGCAUGAAGGGGCCUUGUUUUUCACUGAUCACCUUUGCUCUACUCCUGAUUCAACUAUCCAGUGCAAGUGGGGGCAAAAUCCUGGUGUUUCCACUGGAUGGAAGCCAUUGGGUAAACAUGAAAGUACUCAUAGAGGAGCUGCACGCCAAAGGCCACGAGGUCACCGUGAUCCGGACUUCAGACAGCUGGUACAUCACUGAGAAGUCUCCCCUCUACAUCUCUGUCACACUCCCUAGGCCUAAUGGAUUUGAGGAAAACUUUGACACCUAUUUGACUCAACAGCUGGAGCUCCGACUUCAGGACAAGCAUACGUCUUUUUGGACUCACAUCUGGACUCAAUAUCAGAUGCAGCAGGUAGUGAUGGAUCAGUUCUCUCAGUUCCAUAAAGGAAUGAGUGAAAUGGUUGUUCAGAUGUUUGAAGAUGAAAACCUCAUGAAGGCAUUACACGAAGCAAAAUAUGAUGUUGUUUUGACUGAUCCAGGUAUUGGCGGGGGAGCUAUGCUUGCACGUCGACUGCAGGUUCCUCUUGUUUUCAAUGUCAGAUGGACCAUUCAAGGUGAAGCUCAUCUCCUUAUCGCCCCUUCCCCUCUGUCAUACAUUCCCUUUACUGCAACAGAGUUCACAGAUAAGAUGACCUUCUUUCAAAGAGUGGCCAAUGUUCUCAGUUACUUCCUUGGGAUGCACACAAUGUCUAAAAUGACAAGACCUCAUUACAAACCACUGGUUGAGAAAUACUUUGGUCCUACUGUGGAUUACUCAACGUUCUUCCUGGAUGCUGACAUUUGGCUGAUGAGGAAUGAUUUUGUUUUUGAAUAUCCACGUCCAACAAUGCCAAACAUCGUCUACAUGGGUGGAUUUCAGUGCAAACCUCCAAAGCCGCUCCCUGCAAACCUGGAGGAGUUUGUGCAAAGUUCUGGAGACCAUGGCGUCAUUGUGAUGACUUUGGGAACAUUAGUGGCAAAGCUUCCUCAGGAAGUCACUGAGGAGAUUGCUGCAGCCUUUGCACAGCUGCCUCAGAAGGUUAUAUGGAGAUACACAGGACAAAAGCCAGCCAACCUGGGCAGCAACACAUUAACGGUCAACUGGCUGCCACAGAAAGACCUCUUGGGGCAUCCAAAGACUAAAGCGUUCGUAACCCACGGAGGCACCAAUGGGGUUCAAGAGGCAAUUCACCAUGGAGUACCCGUGGUCGGACUUCCCUUAUUCUUCGAUCAGCCGGAUAAUCUGUCCAGAAUCCGAGCAAAGGGAGGAGCAGUCAUCGUGGAUAUUGCUGUGCUUGACAGACACAUCUUCGAAGAAGCUUUGAGGGCAGUUCUUUACAACUCCUCAUACAGGGAAAACAUGCAGACUCUCUCUAGGCUGCACAGAGAUCAGCCCAUGAAACCACUGGACCAGGCUGUGUUUUGGAUCGAGUAUGUCAUUAGACAUAAAGGAGGCCAUCAUCUGAAGUCGCAGUCCUACAAAAUGUCCUGGUUUGUUUACCACUCUGUGGAUGUCAUCACUGCUUUGUUGGCUGUCAUUUUUCUAGCAUCAUUCAUCUGUUUUUUAUUUGUAAGGUUUGUGUGGAGGAAAGUUUUUGUGGGGAGAAAAGUUAAAAAUGAAUGACAAAAAAAAUGAAAACAUUUGUCUGUGUGUAACUCAAAGAGUUAAAUAUUCUGCCAGGAACAGCUGAUAGUGACUGUUGUCCCUGAUAAAAUGUGAAACUGUUAUCAUCUUUUGGUAUGAUUGGUACUUACUAUAUAUAGCAGGGGUUAAAAUUUUGAAAUGAGCCUUUAUCCUUCCUCUUUGAUUUACCUUUGAUGAAAUACAUUCAUAGCAAACUGUUUUUUUUUUAAAUAGGGUAACUGUAACCAAUCAGUCUAACAAUCAAGAAAGUGUCACUUGUCACCUGGCUCUACAGUGUUUCUAUCAAUUUACUAAAGGUCACAUAUGAAACACAGAAGUUUCGCUUCAGAUUUCACAUGUAUUAUCAAGGUCUGCCUUGCUGACACGCCCGAUCUGGUAAACCCCUCAUAGACAGCAUUUGGGAAAGGGCAGAGCCUUUGAACAACAACAACAACAAAAAAACUCAGAGGGGGAUUGGAUGAAUGUUCUGUCUGUCACAUCUUAAAGAGCAAAUCAGAGCAACAAAACACGUGACGUAGCCACUACCGAGCUGCGCACCUGUGCCCUAACCGAAGGAGUAAACUCCAUAGAGAACUGCAUAACGCCAACCAUGGUGACACUAGAUAUGCCAGUACACAACUUUUGUUGUUUUUGAAAAGAAAACAACACACUGCUGUUCUUUGUUCUUCUUUAAUGAAGAAAUGUCGUCAA